AUGGCUCCCGCCGUCGAGGUCCCUCUCAUGGUUUCGGCAUUGCCUGUGAAAGAGGCGAUAGGUCGCAGCGACGACAUGCAUUCUAUUAUCAUCCCCCCUAAAACACUUCCUCUCCCAAACCCAUCACUACAGAUUACUGCGGAUCAUGACCUCAAACAAGUCGAAGUUCCCGUCUACCAGCCUGGCAGAGGAGAGGUAUUGUUACAUAUCAAGGCAACCGGAAUAUGCGGAUCCGACAUUCACUUUUGGAAAACAGGACGGAUUGGCGAACUCAUUUUCGAAGGAGACGGAAUCAUAGGCCACGAGGCAUCCGGAAUUGUGCUCCAAGUGGGCAAAGAUGUCGAUAAUUUUAAACUCGGUGACAGGGUAGCAGUGGAGCCCGGUGUCUCAUGCGACCAUUGUUGGAUUUGCCGUGGAGGCCGAUACAAUCUUUGCGAAGAUGUACAGUUUGCUGGUGUAUAUCCUAAUGAUGGAACAAUACAACGAUACAAGGUGCACCCUGCAAAAUGGCUACACAAACUGCCGGAUAACAUGACUUUUGCCGAAGGGGCUCUCUUGGAACCCCUAUCUGUCGCCAUGAGUGGCAUUAGGAUUGCCCAGCUUAGUCUCGGUCGUGGGGCUGUAGUCUGCGGUGCUGGACCGAUAGGACUGAUCACACUUGCUGCCGCGCGUGCUUCGGGAGCUCAUCCUAUUGUGGUGACUGACCUGGAUGCCGGACGACUGGCGUUUGCAAAGAGCUUCGUUCCAAGUUGUAUACCGUACCAAGUCAGUCGCGACCUUGAUGCACAAGGCAAUGCAAAAGAAAUUCGAUCCCUUUUUGGAAGUCGGCAGUAUGAUGCUCCUGAGACAGUGCUUGAGUGUACAGGUGUCGAGAGUAGCGUCUGCACUGCUGCAUAUACAGCACGACGGGGCGGAACAGUGGUGGUAAUCGGGGUCGGCAAGGAAACCAUGAACAACCUCCCAUUUAUGCACCUAUCUCUCGCCGAGAUCGACUUGAAAUUCAUCAACCGGUAUCGUGAUACCUGGCCGCCAGCAAUUGCUUGCAUUAGUGGCGGAAUAUUGGAUCUGAAGAGGCUGGUCACGCAUAAAGUCUCUCUGGAGAAAGCAUCUGAUGCUCUCCAUAUCGCGUCCGACACAAAGAACGGUAGUAUCAAGGUCACCAAUAAAAUUACAAUGGACGAAAUUACGAACUGGGGCACUCACGAUGAUUUCGCCGACCAUCCCCUCCGCUCCAACAGCGUCGACCAGCCUAUCCAGUCGCCAUGGUCGCUCAACGACGGGUUUUCGCAUAACCCAACCUAUCUAGCCUCACAAGAUGAGCUUCGAGACAUUAUAUUCUCCAUAGCACAGUCUGGAGCAUCAACACGCGCUGGGAGUCCAGUCACCCAUACGGCAGGACAUUUGGGAGACGAGCCACGUCUCCUCGGAAGCCAUACUGCAAGCAAGUAUUUAGCUACGAGAGAAAAGAACAAAAAGGAGAUGAUUUACUUGAAAAAUUAUGUCCGUGAGGUCGCUCCUUGGCUGGACAUGUUCGACUCGCAAAACUCCUUUGGGAUUCACUUGCCCAUUCUUGCGCACGAUUUUCCUGCUUUGCAUUAUGCCAUACUCGCCAUUUCAGCGCGGCAGAUGGAAAGGAAAAAUGGUGCACGUGACUCAUUUGACAGCCUUGAAUUGUACCAAGAAUCGAUUCGGUUACUAAGUCCGUUGUUACAAGUGCGGGAUGCAAAUGUCAUUUCUACAUGUGUGUUGCUGUGCUGUCUAGAGAUGAUGUCGGCCAGGGGGCAGGACUGGCAGCGGCAUCUGGAAGGAUGCGCGGCUUUGUUUAAUGCAUUUGAUAUCCAUGGCUUUAGUUCGGGCUUGUUACAAGCCGUGUUCUGGUGUUAUGCUAGGAUGGAUGUUUGCGGUGCAAUUAUAUCGGACGGCACACAAGGGACGCUACUGAAGUCUUCUAGGUGGUUGUCACCUGGCUAUAGCCAUGAGGAUGCCCACCAACUUUUUCUGGAAACUGGAUCUGCAGAUAUGUAUGCUAACUGUGCGGUAUAUCUCUGCGCUAAAGUCUGCGAGCUUCUCGCAGACUAUACAGGAUUUACAGAGCUCGGUCAUGAUAAUGGUUGCACAGAU